CUUGCCAUCAAUGAUUACAAUCUUCUUGAUCACUCUUCUUCUAAUGAUCUUGUAUACUGUUGUCACUUCAGGCUCUGUGAAUGUCUUAGUAAUGACAGAAUCAGCUGGAAGAUUCUGCAACAUUUCCUCAGUCACUUCUUCUGGCUCUUCUAUUACCUCCUCUGUCUCCACUGGUUUGCCAUCAAUGAUUACAAUCUUCUUGAUCACUCUCCUUCUAAUGAUCUUGUGGACUGUUGUCACUUCAGGCUCUGUGAAUGUCUUAGUAAUGACAGAAUCAGCUGGAAGAUUCUGCAACAUUUCCUCAGUCACUUCUUCUGGCUCUUCUAUUACCUCCUCUGUCUCCACUGGUUUGUCAUCAAUGAUUACAAUCUUCUUGAUCACUCUUCUUCUAAUGAUCUUGUGGACAGUUGUCACCUCAGGCUCUUUGACAGUCUCAGCAAUGACAGCAUCAGAUGGAAGAUUCUGCAACAUUUCCUCAGUCACUUCUUCCGGCUCUUCUAUUACCUCCUCUGUCUCCACUGGCUUGCCAUCUAUGAUUACAAUCUUCUUGAUCACUCUCCUUCUAAUGAUCUUGUGGACUGUUGUCACCUCAGGCUCUGUGACUGUCUCAGUAAUGACAGAAUCAGCUGGAAGUUUCUGUAAUAUAUCCUCAGUCACUUCUUCUGGCUCUUCUAUUACCUCCUCUGUCUCCACUGGUUUGCCAUCAAUGAUUACAAUCUUCUUGAUGACUCUUCUUCUAAUGAUCUUGUGGACUGUUGUCACUUCAGGCUCUGUGACUGUCUCAGUAAUGACAGAAUCAGCUGGAAGUUUCUGUAAUAUAUCCUCAGUCACUUCUUCUGGCUCUUCUAUUACCUCCUCUGUCUCCACUGGCUUGCCAUCAAUUAUUACAAUCUUCUUGAUUACUCUCCUUCUAAUGAUCUUGUGAACUGUUGUCACCUCAGGCUCUGUGACUGUCUCAGUAAUGACGGAAUCAGCUGGAAGAUUUUCCAAUAUUUCUUCAGCCACUUUUUCAGGCUCAUCUGUUUUUAGUCGCUUUUCUUUAACUGUAUGGAGCUCUUUGUUUUUAGGUUUU